UCAGCACCAGUCACCACUUGUCUCACCUAGUCAUAGGUUCACCAUCAUCCACUCUUCUUCACUCCUCUUCACAGAUUCCCACACCAUUACUGGGUAUAUAUUCCCGCAACGUAAAUUCCAUACAGAAAAGUGAGAAAACACCCUCAAAGCUUUAGAUAAAUCAACAUGACUUCAUAGCUUUCCUGAAAUUUUUUAGAGGUAGAAAGAAUCUAGAGAGAGAGAAAGAUCAAAUGGCCAAGGGUGGGAUGUCUCUUGGAGAAGGCAAAGAUGGUAAUCAAGAGAACAUGGCAGCUUGGCUUCUUGGUGUCAAUACUCUCAAAAUUCAGCCUUUCAGCCUUCCUCCUCUUGGCCCCCAUGAUGUUAGAGUUAGGAUGAAAGCUGUUGGUAUUUGUGGAAGUGAUGUUCAUUAUCUCAAGACCUUGCAAUGUGCACAUUUUGUUGUCAAAGAACCUAUGGUAAUGGGGCACGAGUGUGCUGGGGUCAUAGAAGAAGUUGGGACUGAAGUGAAGACCCUGGUGCCCGGUGAUCGUGUAGCACUGGAACCCGGGAUCAGUUGCUGGCGAUGUGAUCAAUGCAAAGACGGUCGAUACAAUCUGUGCCCCGAUAUGAAGUUUUUCGCCACUCCCCCAGUUCAUGGUUCUCUUGCCAAUCAGGUGGUGCACCCUUCAGAUUUAUGCUUUAAGCUACCUGACAAUGUGAGUUUGGAAGAAGGGGCAAUGUGUGAGCCCUUAAGUGUUGGUGUUCAUGCCUGUCGCCGUGCUAACAUUGGUCCUGAGACAAAGGUGUUGGUAAUGGGAGCAGGGCCUAUAGGGCUUGUUACGAUGCUAGCAGCACGUGCUUUUGGGGCCCCCAGAAUUGUAAUUGUGGAUGUGGAUGACCAUCGUCUAUCUGUUGCAAAGGAGCUUGGUGCAGAUGAGAUUGUCAAAGUUUCGACUCAUAUUCAGGAUGUAGCCAAAGAAGUGGAACAGAUUCGUAAAACAAUGGGGGCUGGAAUCGAUGUGACUUUUGAUUGUGCUGGCUUUGACAAAACAAUGUCAACCGCUCUGACCGCCACCAGUGCAGGUGGCAAAGUUUGCCUUGUGGGAAUGGGUCACAACGAGAUGACUGUCCCUCUCACUCCAGCUGCUGCUAGGGAGGUUGAUGUAAUAGGCAUCUUCCGCUACAAGAACACUUGGCCCCUCUGCCUUGAGUUUCUGAGGACUGGUAAGAUUGAUGUGAAGCCUCUAAUAACCCAUAGGUUUGGAUUCUCCCAGCAGGAAGUCGAAGAAGCCUUUGAAACCAGUGCUCGUGGUGGUAGUGCCAUCAAGGUUAUGUUUAAUCUGUAGAGUCAGUCUGUUUGUGUGAGGGGAAGAGAGAGAAGCAAUCUUAAGUUUAUGUAUCUGAAUUCUCAAUCACUUAUCUAAGAACCUGAAUACUUGAUUUAGUCAUUUCAAUCGUUUGCUGCACUGUACCUUAUUCCUAUCAAACCUCGGACACCUUGGGGGUGUGUUUGAUUUAAGCAUUAAAAAGGAUCGGAUUGGACAAAUCUGAUCAUUCCAUAUCUAUAUAUCCGGUCCUUGGGCUAAUUAUA